CUAUAUAUAGAGCUGUGCUCCGCGCCGGGGUUUACUUCGCUCUGCGCCGUAGAAGAUCACCAUAGCUGCUCGUGUGCGGGACGACGCCGACGUUAUUCAUUUCCAGCACUCUGGUCUAAUGGGAAAACUCUUUGUAAAUGCGUUUUAAGAAUACUUGCCUGGGAGACGUGCACACUGGCCCUGGCCUUGAGGCUUAUCUGAAAGGAUUCAACUUCACUGGUGAACCUCCUUGGCUGUCCGACAGCUGUUAGCACAUUCAUUCCAUCUCUCGCAUUCAUCUGUUUCUUUUGCAAUCAAAUCUUGAACAAACACCAUGACCUCUUUGACUGGAUCAGACUUUGACUUCGCCUUCCUGGAGGAGGGAUUCUGUGCACGUGAUAUCGUGGAGCAGAAGAUCAACGAGUCAUCACUAUCAGAUGACAAAGAUGCCUUCUAUGUGGCCGACCUGGGUGACGUCCUGAAGAAGCACCUCCGUUGGUUGCGUGUGUUACCCCGUGUCACACCGUUCUACGCAGUGAAGUGCAAUGACAGCAGGGCUGUGGUCACGACUCUGGCGUCUCUGGGAGCCGGGUUCGACUGUGCGAGCAAGACUGAGAUCCAGAUCAUUCAGUCUGUGGGUGUGGAGCCGAGCAGGAUCAUCUACGCCAAUCCCUGCAAGCAGGUGUCUCAGAUAAAAUACGCCUCUGCUCACGGAGUGCAGAUGAUGACGUUUGACAGCGAAGUGGAGCUCAUGAAGGUGGCACGAAGCCAUGAGAAUGCCAAACUGGUUCUCCGUAUCGCCACUGAUGACUCCAAGGCCGUGUGCAGGUUAAGUGUGAAGUUUGGCGCCACGUUAAAGAGCAGUCGUCUGUUGCUGGAGCGGGCGAAGGAGCUCGGGCUGGACGUGAUUGGAGUCAGUUUCCAUGUGGGCAGCGGUUGCACUGAUCCGGAGACGUACAGCCAGGCUAUCUCUGAUGCACGCUAUGUUUUUGACAUGGGGGCGGAGGUGGGAUAUAACAUGACCUUGCUUGAUAUCGGAGGAGGCUUUCCGGGCUCUGAUGACACCAAACUGAAAUUUGAAGAGAUCGCUGCUGUGAUUAACCCUGCACUGGAUAGAUAUUUCCCUGUUGACUGCGGCGUGAGGAUCAUUGCUGAACCUGGCCGCUAUUAUGUAGCAUCUGCUUACACGCUGGCGGUCAACAUCAUCGCCAAAAAGGUCAUCAUGAAUGAGCAAUCAGCCUCAGAUGAAGAGGAGGAUGGGGCCAAUGACCGAACCCUGAUGUACUACGUGAACGAUGGUGUUUAUGGUUCCUUCAACUGUAUUCUGUAUGAUCAUGCGCAUGUCCUGCCAACUCUGCACAAGAAACCCAAGCCUGACGAGCGCAUGUACCCGUGCAGUAUUUGGGGCCCGACCUGUGAUGGGCUGGACCGUAUCGUGGAGCAGUGCGGCCUGCCGGACAUGCAGGUGGGCGACUGGCUGCUGUUUGAGAACAUGGGUGCCUACACUGUAGCCGCGUCCUCCACCUUUAAUGGCUUCCAGAAACCUGAUAUCCAUUACAUCAUGUCCCGCACAGCCUGGCAGUGUAUGCAGCAGAUCCGUGCUCGGGGGCUUCCUCUUCCUGCUGAGGAUCUCUGUACUGGAAGCGUGCCGUCCCACUGCGGACGUGAGAGCACACUGGACGUGCCAGCCAAGCCGUGCCCUACUCAAGUGCUGUGAUGCUCCUCAGCGCUGACCACCAGAGCAAGAGCCAGUUCUCAUUCAGACAGCGGUUUAUCAUAGUUCUCCAGUCAUUUACUCCUGAACCCUGUCUGGAGGUCCACCACUUCCAAAUAUGUGCUGUUGAAUAACAAUAGCUACAUUUUUCUAUUCUAAAUGCAGCUGUUUUUCACUUUUGUAUGUUGCAAAUGCUCAAACCUGAAAGCCGCACAGAAAGGCUCACAGUCCUGCAGAUGCUGCUUUUUUUUUUUUUUUUUAAGUAACUUUUUUUUUUUUUUUUUUUUAUUUACAUAUACUUCUAAAUCACAAGGCCAGAUACUUGACUGGAGGACUUGAGGGAGGUUUAAUCGUGUGUGUUGGAAGCUCAUGCUACUUUGAGGGGUUUUAAAGGAUUGAAAAGUAGCCAUUUCAUGAAAUGUUCUCCCAACAGUCUUGGAAAAUAAGAUCCUCUUCACACAGACUCGCAGAUUUCUUCCUCCAUGACCAUUUCCAUUUUAUACUUGAUUAGUAGAUUAUUAUUUUUGACCUGAAAUCUAUGCCACUGAUGCAUUUGAAAUGGAUAUGAAAGAGAUGGGAUUGCUUCCGAAUUGCUUUCCUAUGGAAACUGUUUUUUUUUUUUUGUUUUUUUUUAAGUUUUGUAUUUUUAUAUAAAUAAAUGUAGCUGUAAAAAUGUU